AUUUUUCUCUUGUGCAUCCUGCAAGGUUAUGAUCAAUCUGCUAUAGAGGUGCUGCAGGGAACCUACUCCUGUUUCUCAACACAUUUUGGAAAAAACGAUUUUUCCUUAAAAAAAAAAAAAAAAAGCAUGGCAGUGUGACAAAGUGAGGUUAUCAGUCUGAAUUUUUGAUGAUGGUAUCCUAUUUGGCUAGAGCAGACAGCUACAUGUAGGUUUCACAUUUCAUCUGAGGUGCUUCAGUGAUGCUACAGAGAGGCUGAUGAAAACAAGUCGAGGUUAAAAGUAGCUCAUCCUCUUGUUAGCUUAGCUCCGCUCAGAUUCAUGCUGCAGCUGCAUCACUGUAGCCCUCCACUGCUAGCUGCUGCUGCUGCAGACACUGUUAGCUUCCUUAAACUCCUCUGGGCCGUACCAUCUCAGCUGAGCAGGGGUCCUUCAGGGUUUCCGGAUGUCCUCGCCGGGAGACUUACUUCUCACCCAUCUGCUGCAUCGCACCCAUUCCCAAACCCCUCCUUCUCCAACCGGUCCUUCAUGAUCCAAGAGAUCGCAGUCUCUCUGGGCCGUCUGCCACACACAACGCAUCCUCCUAAUACCCUGCGCCGCCUCAGAUUUCACUCCCCCCCCCCCCCCCCCUCUGCUCAUAGUACAAUCUCAUCAUUUCCAGCUUGCGAGGGAGCGGAAGAGAGGAAAGAGAGAGAGAGGGGGAGAGAGAGAGAGAGAGAGAGAGAGUGAGCGAGAGAGGGAGGGAGGGAGAUGUUUUGAGCUGGUUUGCAGGGAGAGAUUGGCCUGAAUGCGUUCUGUCUGCUCCUCAGAGGCAUCCAGGUGAGCUGUUUCCUCCUGGAAGAUAUGUGUCACAAAGAUGUCCACACGCAGCUGCCAGGGAUCAGACUCGGUCAUCAAGCCCCUGGACACCAUCCCUGAAGACAAGAAGGUGAGAGUGCAGCGCACGCAGAGCGGCUUCGACCCGUUUGAGAAGCCCGCCAGCCAGGUGAAGAGGGUCCACUCUGAGAACAAUGCCUGCAUCAACGCCAAGAGCUCGUCCACCGGCAAGGAGUCCCCGAAACUGCGUCGUCACUCCAGCCCAAGUUCUCCCACAAGCCCCAAGUUUGGAAAGGCAGAUUCCUAUGAAAAGCUGGAGAAGCUGGGAGAAGGUUCCUAUGCCACAGUUUACAAAGGAAAGAGCAAGGUGAACGGGAAACUGGUGGCUCUGAAGGUGAUCCGUCUGCAGGAGGAGGAAGGAACACCUUUCACUGCAAUAAGAGAAGCAUCUCUUCUGAAAGGCCUGAAGCACUCCAACAUCGUGCUGCUCCAUGACAUCAUCCACACCAAGGAAACCCUGACUCUGGUCUUUGAAUAUGUGCACACAGACCUGUGUCAGUACAUGGACAAACACCCCGGAGGGCUCCAUCCAGACAAUGUGAAGCUCUUCCUGUUCCAGUUGCUGAGAGGCCUGUCGUACAUCCACCAGAGGUACAUCCUUCACCGCGACCUGAAACCGCAAAACCUGCUCAUCAGUGACACCGGAGAGCUCAAACUCGCUGACUUUGGCCUGGCCAGGGCCAAGUCAGUCCCCAGCCAUACCUACUCCAAUGAGGUGGUGACCCUGUGGUACCGGCCUCCUGAUGUCCUGCUGGGAUCCACAGACUACUCUACCUGCCUGGACAUGUGGGGAGUGGGCUGCAUCUUUAUUGAGAUGAUUCAAGGAGUGGCUGCCUUUCCUGGGAUGAAGGACAUCCAGGACCAGCUGGAGAGGAUAUUCCUGGUCAUUGGUACACCGUCUGAGGAAACCUGGCCUAGUGUUAACUCUCUGCCUCACUUCAAACCAGACCGCUUUACGGUUUACAGCGCCAAGAAGCUCAGACAAGCGUGGAAUAAGUUGGGCUAUGUGGACCAUGCCGAGGAGUUGGCCUCCAGGUUCCUCCAGUGCUUCCCAAAGAACCGGCUGUCGGCUCAGGCAGCGCUGAACCACGAGUACUUCAGCAACCUUCCUCCACGGCUCUGGGAGCUGCAGGACAUGUCUUCUAUCUUCACCGUACCAAAUGUCAAGCUGCAGACGGAGAGCGGGGACAGCAUACAGGUGUGUGCACGGAGGAACAGUCAUGGGAAGGCAUCCUCUGGCAGCAAACACUGACCUGAGGCAGCAUCCUGCACAUGAUUGCCUGACAGGUGGCUGUUGUUUCAAAAAAACAAAAUGAAGACAAAGAUGCUGAGACGGAGGAUCCAUGUGAAUGAAAGAGCCCCAGUUCUCUUUAUUUAUUACCUUCACAGUAGGCGUGAGUGUGGAUACGUGCGCGAGUGUGUGCCGUGUGCAUGAGGACGAGUGCGAGCAUUGAACAUAGUCAUGAAUGCAUGUGUGCAUUAUGAACGGUACCUAAGAUUUCAGGCUAUCAUUUGCGGAGUUUGUUUACUUUUUAUAAGGUUCCAAUAACUCAUAUAUCAUUGUCACAGUGUAGGCAAAAGGACUUUACUAUUGGUACAUAUUGUGUUUUGUGUUUGUAACUAGCCUCCUAUUUAAGAAUGUAUAUUUGUAUGUAUGAUAUACUCAUCUAGAAACUAUAUAAUGGACACUUUUAAUAUCGCUUCAUCUUCUAACCACUAUACUGCUCUCGCCAUGACACAUAACUUCAUCACGAGGUUACCACUGCUACGUCAUAAUAAUCCUUUCUUUGCCGCCUGUGUGGGUUAAGGUUGCACAUUCAGAUAUUAUCAAAGGAAAAUCUGUUUUCCAAGGCUUUGUUUUGGUAGUUUUGACCAUCAUUCCCAUCAGUUAUCAGACUAUUGAAAACGACCCAGGCUGGUAAAGUAGAGCAAGUGAAUAUCUUACUGUGGACUGUUAGGUCAACUGAUUGACAUAUUAGCCUCAAAAGUUAAAUCAUACUAUCCUGAGCUGCAGCUAUGUAAAUGUGCACCAAAGUCAAAGAGUUGUAAAGCCCGACUUUUUGAAAUGGGCUGGACAAAUUUAGGAACUAACCUAGGCCUAGAAACAAAACAAAUGUACAGCAUUUGUAUUUCUUCCUUUUGCACUGAUCAUAUGUACUCUAAUAACAUCAUUGUAAAUAUCUUAUAUUCCUGUUUAAAAAAACUCUAAAAAAGUAACACAACAAAUUGGCAACAAUUCAAUCUUCCUAGCUUAGUUUUCCAAGCUAAAAAAAGUUUAAAGUCAGUUUAAAGUCCUAACGAAAAGAAAUGUGUUACAGUAAAACGCAAAGCCACUAACUGACUUUUGCAUCACAGCUCAAAUAGUUGAUUUCAAAACAAGUCUCGCCUCUUAAGAAGCUACAAAGCCAAUCCCAAGUUUAAAAAUGGGAGAUGGCCAAUGAGAUUUCAAGGCCUCGGUCACCCCCUAAAUCUGCCCCUGGGGGUUAAGAUUCUGCAACCUACAGUUACAUAGCAAUGUCUUUAAGGAAGUUCCUGUCACAGACGGCAUAUAAAAAUGGACUAAACCAACAAAUGUCACCAAUCACUUUAUGUGUUGCCAAUUUUAAAACCCAGAGUUUGGGUUUUUUGUUGGUUGGUACACCCAGCUCUUAUCCAACAUUGUAGAUAAUUGUCAAUCACAGGUGGCAUUUCUUUAAAGCACACACUUUAUUGUCCAUUUUACCUGAAAGGUGUGUUCAAACCAAACGUUUUCAGAGAAUUUCACAACUAAGAAUGAUGGCCAAAACUGCACAAAUCAAGACUGCGGUUGACGAAAAGUACUCGUUAUAAGGAUUCUACUUCAAUUUUUUUCCAACCGACCAAACCUGCUUGAUAUGAGAUUUCUGUUGCAGCUGUCACAAAAUCCUCUCCAACACGUAGAUGAUCUCAGCUGAAGAUGUUGACCGUGCACACAUAAGACAACUUGUAAACCAUCAAGCAGUGUCAGGAAACACUUUAGACGCAAUACUGAAAACAACAGAUGUAAAUGAAGUGUGUGCGCGUGUGUGUGUGUGUGUGUGUGUGUGUGUAUGAGUGAUAGUGUGUGAGUGUAAAUAUUGGCAAUAGCUAAGCAUUGGUGCUUCCAUCCAUGCAAACGAGCUAAUGUACAAAAAGUCAAACAGAUAGGCAAUAGGCUGUGGGGCCUACUGUUGGAUCCGGCCCACGACAAUCCUCCCUUUCAGUUCAUCUUGAUCAAAACAAUUGCAAUAUUCUUUCAGAAAGAGAUGAUCUGUGUCAAUAAUCUUAAGUUAGUUUUCAAAGUGAUUCAGAGCUUUUUUCUUGCCUGAAAAAUAAAGUUUUGGGGUGAGUGCAUUGCAGUGUGUGUAGUGUGCAUGCAGUAUGUGUACUGUCGGUGGUAAUUAACUGCGCUCAGUCCCAUCACCACCAACACGUGUGCCCCUCAACGUCCCACAAGUUCAAAAAUGUUUCGGAACUUUUUUAUAACACAACGAUCAAAAUCAGCUGUAAAACGUGUCAUCCGCAGAGAUGUUUAUACAGAUUUUUUGGGGGUCUUUCUUUUGGUGUUUUGUGUGGAAAUCUUUGAAUAUUACAGCUUAGAAGUAUGGUGAUAAUUGUGAAGUACUAUCAAAUUUUACUCCUUUUUUCGAUCUCGGUUUGAAAUCGACAAAAAAAAAAAAAAAAAAAAGUUAUUGGCCCUGUAUGGUUGAUUUAGCUGAAGAAAUAACGCCAUGGGGUUAUUGAGUGGAUACUGAAACAUACUCACUCAUACACACACUCACAUAUAGGAUAUAGAUGUCUCGCCUGCGAGGAUAAACUUGCACGUAUCAAAUCCUGUCAGCCAGAGUGCAGUAUAAACCUGCAGCCCCCUCCAUGCUCCCCUUCAGCUGCUAUAUGCCUUGUAGUCUGUCACAUUCAAGGAUAGAUUUGGUUUUUUUUUGUCAUGACUCAACUUAAUACAACCCUCACAAAACGAAAAAAAUAAAAUUCUUCUUCUCAAUUCUGGAAAUGAAGGGAUGCAUGAAGUGACUACACUGUAAGAAAUGUCUCUGAGCCACAACUGAUUGUCUUUCUCUGGUCAGUCACAAGUGAUAGUCUGACAGAUAUUAAGAGCUUCUGGACCAGAACUUAAAUCAUCCUGUUUUCAACCUCUUCUGACUCCCAGCUCGUUCAAUGAGGAGCUAGGUACGAGUUGACGUAGUAGGAAAGUGGAGAGAUGAUUUAUUUGAUGGUCAUGGCUGAUAGAGGGAUCAUUAAAACACGGGAGAUUUCUGAAAGAUUAUGGUUUGAUUCCUGUGUGAGGCCAAUUGUCACAUUGGAAGACAUUGACAAUUUAAGAAUGGACGCCAUACAAGUCCACUCCCUGAAGAACAACCCUUUAAAUCUCUGUUUCCUCUGGGAGACAAAAACAGACUUUGUCUAAUCUACCGGGGUGACCUGUAUUACAGUUUUUACGGUAAUUCUUAUUAAUAAUUUGACCUGCAUUUGCAGAUCUGACUCUACAGGGGCAUAUGCAUAUUUCUGAGUGUAGGACCACUGGUAUAAAAAAAAAGGAGGGAGAGAUAAAAAAUGGACUUGGAACGGGAUGUCCAUGUUGAUUUGUUGCUUGAGAUUUCAUUUAGCCGUUGUUUGACAUGUUGUUGAUUUAAACCUGAAAACGAGUCUGUCCAGGCUCAUCUUAUAAGACUGUAAAAAUACUUGUUACUGAUUAGUGAAAACACAAAAAGCAGUUAAUGGAGGCUUAGUUAGUUUUUAAGUUCAAUAAGUGACCCAAGUAUUCCUCAAACUCGGCUCAGAAAAAGUAAGUUCAUUGAGGAAGCGGUGGCAUCAUUCCUAAUAAAACAACUCUGAAGUAAAUAACCAAAAGGUUCUAGGUAGCACACAGUCGAUACUUUUCGACUUUUUAGUUUCAUCUCUUUCCAUUUCAAACAAACAUGUUGGCUACAGCCUCUAGCAGCUCACCAGGUCAUGGUGACAAGGCUAAAUGAACUGAUAAACAGAGAUCAGUCUUCUGACCCUCUGUUUGUGUGUGACCUUUAACCUCAGAGGACUCAUCUUUACUGUGUAGUCACUUCACGUACAGAGAGAUGAUUGUCGCAGCCGUUAACUCUUACAGAUAAAUGUGACAAACAAACACAUCUAAACCUAUCCUUCAAAGAGAGAAAGUGAUAAAUAGAAGGCUUUGACGUUUCACCAUGACUGUGUACCGCUCCAGCUUCUUUAACCAAGGACAGCCGUGGCUCUGAGCCAAAAUAAAUAAUGACGGGCUAGACUCUCCCCGAUAGCGUUUUUUUUUUAAAACUGCACUUUAAAGAGAAAAUCAGUUUGCCCUACAUUCCAGUCUGUGUGGCCACUUUUAUGCACUUGCUUUCCCCCUUAAUGACAAAUAAAUAAAUAUUUAUACGUGACCUUGCUUUGCCCAACAAACCAAAAAAGCAAACUGGCCCUCCUGACAAAUGUAAAUAUGGUCCCUUAUUUUCAAUCGUUACCGCAGAUUGAGGAGUGCUUUCAAAAAAAAAAAAGAGAAAAAAAAGAAGCUGUACUUGAAGUUAUCUCGCAGCUUUUCAGUGUCAUCCCCAGGCUGUGAUUGUGCGACGGAGAAAAGGGGAGGAGAGGGGGUGGGUAAUGCCAGUAAAGCGGCGUGACAGAAGAGGGUUAAUACCAUGGAGCUGUGCUAAGAUUGCCCAGCCUCGUGUGGCUUUAAGGGAUUGCAGGCGGUAUUAGCAGCUGAAUAAUUAUUUUUGGGAUGUUUCUUCUUUUGCACACUUUUUUGUGGUGUGGCACACAUCGCCCCCCCCAACACUUAUGACUUUUUUUGGAGCUUUGGCAGCCUGCAGUCUUGUAAAAAAAACAAAAAAAAAAAAAACAAAAACAUAUAUUUUUUGGAGUUCUGUGUGGGCAGAGCUCCUGAAGGCACUCUGUUCAAACUUGAAUGUUCUUCAUAUCUUUACGGAUAGAGUCCAGAGAAGGAAAACUACCGUAAAACUUCAAUUCACAGCCCAGGCUUUAAUUUACUUCAGUCAAUGAAAUGACCUUUUAUUUGGGACGGGCGUCACUACGAGACGGACCUCUAGUCAUCUUCAAACAAAAAUAGGAAAGGCUUGUAAAUUAACUUCAAAAUAAUAUUUGACUGUGCACAGAAUUAGGAUUUCUUGCUCUGUAAAGGCCCUGACACACCAAGGAGAUCGUCAGCCGUCAGUCCUAGUUGGACCGACAGUGAGCGCUCGUCAUCCUAGUUUUUGUGGUAUGUUCAGCUGCGUCGCUACCCUUUUAGCCCAGUCUGCUUUUUUUUGCCGAUUCGACAUGAUGAAUCAGCGUCAGUCAGCAUUGGCAUGGUUGGUGAGCGGAAUCACUCUGAUUGGCUGUUCGGAGGGUUCAUUUAACUCCCCUACAGCACGCCGCUGUAGUAUCCAUGCUUUCACCCAUUAGUGUGGUUUCUCCUUAUUUGUCGCCUCCGCCUCUUCUUUUCUUUGUCCACAAUGUCCAGCGCCAUUUUCAACUUUUUAUCAGACAUUAUUCUCCAUUAGUAGACUACCUAUAAUACGAGUGGUGACCGACAGCGGGGUGAAAAUGGUCUUCUCGUAUCAUAACAACGGACUACCGCAUUUGCAGAACGUACAUGAUGGUUGGCCGUCGGCUCUAGUCUUUGCGGUGUGUUCAAGUGCAACUCUUUGGCCAAGAGGAACGCCACAGUCGGCCUUCAUUGUCACUAGUUCUUUGCCGUCUGCUUGGUGUCUCAGGGCCUUAAGACAGCCCACCUAUCCCAACCUUCAUGUUAUAUAAAGACUAACUGCACAGAGGCCCUCUUACUGAGAGCGGCCUUUAUUUGUGCGGCAACACCAGGCUAGUGAAAGGGACUGGACUUCAAAUUGGGAUGGGCUUGUAUUUGAAGUUUUACGGUAUGUGGAGUUGCUCACGUAGCACUGUGACAGUAAAGAAAAGAAGAAUAUCAAAAGAGGAGAAGGCGGUGAGGUGGAGACACGCCUUCAACGAAGUGAAAUAGUGAUGCUUCCACUAUGUGUGUAUACAGGGUUGCAGAUGUCCCCUUAAUGCUACAAAGAGAAAUCAUAUAUGAAUAUACAUAUAUGAUGAUAUUAAAUAUAAGGCAUCUAUUUUUGUCAUUCUGUAUGAUGUGGUAUCAGUAGAAGGACGUAUAGGUUGGAUCCGAGGUGCAUCCUCUCUGUACUAAAUAACAAAUCUGUGUUGUUGUUGUUUUUUUUUUCAACAAAGCUUCUCUUACGUUUUUAUUUUCGUUUAGUUUUUUGUAUGCUGCACUGAAAAUAUAUCAUUCUCACAAGUAGUUUGGAAAACAGAAGUGUCAUCAGUCACUUCAUUAAGUGAAACAAUAUAUUAUACAGUAGAAUAGCUGUUGCAUUAUUUGUUACAACCUGUAUGUAAUGUUAUUAUGGAAGAUGUAAUGUCCUUCUGUAAAUGUUGUUUAAUGUUGUUUUACCUGAAAUAAAAUUUAUUAAUGCUUCA